GCGGCCAGUCGCUGCUGAGGCGACCGCGGGUGCGCUUCUCGGCGAGGCCGGGCAGAGCCAUCGCCUGGCGGUGAGGACGCGCUCCCGGGGCGGGCGCCAUGGCCACCAGCUAGGGCGGCGGGAGAAGCGGCCAAAGCCCAAGAUGCCGGAGCGACGGCACGGCUGCGCCUCCGCCAUCGUAGAUGCUGCCCACCUUUCUGAAGUAGACUCUCCAUGGCCUGAACAUUUCCUGACAAUAAUUUUGAGCGAAAUAUAUGUUUAGCAAGAAGAUAACCACAUCAAGAUGGUUGGAAAGCUGAAGCAGAACUUGCUCCUGGCGUGCCUGGUGAUUAGUUCUGUGACCGUGUUUUACCUGGGCCAGCACGCCAUGGAGUGCCAUCACCGAAUAGAGGAGCGGAGCCAGCCAGCCAGACCAGAGAACCCCAAGGCGACUGUGCGAACUGGCCUGGACACCAAAGCCAACAAAACAGUCACCUAUCACAAGGAUAUGCCUUUAAUAUUCAUCGGAGGUGUGCCUCGGAGUGGAACCACGCUCAUGAGGGCCAUGCUGGACGCGCAUCCUGACAUCCGCUGUGGCGAGGAGACCAGGGUCAUCCCUCGAAUCCUGGCCCUGAAGCAGAUGUGGUCCCGGUCCAGUAAGGAGAAGAUCCGCCUGGAUGAAGCUGGUGUCACGGACGAGGUGCUGGAUUCCGCCAUGCAGGCCUUCCUCCUGGAGGUCAUUGUUAAGCAUGGGGAACCAGCACCUUACUUAUGCAACAAAGAUCCUUUUGCCCUGAAAUCCCUGACUUACCUUGCAAGGCUAUUCCCCAACGCCAAGUUCCUCCUGAUGGUCCGAGACGGCCGGGCAUCAGUGCAUUCAAUGAUCUCUCGAAAAGUCACUAUAGCUGGCUUUGACCUGAACAGCUACCGGGACUGCCUGACCAAGUGGAACCGGGCCAUAGAAACUAUGUACAACCAGUGUAUGGAGGUCGGGUAUAAAAAGUGCAUGUUGGUUCACUAUGAGCAGCUUGUCUUACACCCCGAACGGUGGAUGAGAACGCUCUUAAAGUUCCUCCAUAUUCCCUGGAACCAUUCAGUUUUGCGCCAUGAGGAAAUGAUCGGUAAAGCCGGAGGAGUCUCCCUGUCAAAAGUGGAAAGAUCAACAGACCAAGUCAUCAAGCCCGUCAAUGUGGGGGCGCUAUCGAAGUGGGUUGGGAAGAUACCCCCAGAUGUCUUACAAGACAUGGCGGUGAUUGCACCCAUGCUUGCCAAGCUUGGCUAUGACCCAUACGCCAAUCCCCCUAACUACGGAAAGCCUGACCCCAAGAUCCUGGAAAACACCAGAAGGGUGUAUAAAGGAGAAUUUCAGCUACCUGACUUUCUGAAAGAAAAGCCCCAGACCGAGCAAGUCGAGUAGCCAAGCCCAGAACUUCCCACAAGUGAGGAACCCACCCACCCCCUGGCACAAACAAGGAAGCAGGCGGGGAGGAGCUACAGGAGGACUGCUGUGAGCUAUGCCUCCGUGCCUGUAGCCAGCUAUUUGUUUGCCCUAGGGAUGACUGCUGCCUUUUCUACAGAAGGGAAAUGUCUGGAACUGUUGUCUCCUGCUGGGAGAAGUAGGUGUCCGUGCCCAUCGCUCCUGUUCACCUGCCAGCCUCCUGUCCCCGAGGCCUCCCUGAGUGAUGGCCCUCAAGAGGGGGAGCCCAGCAGGGACACAGUUCUGUCACAGCUCUUCUUGUCCUUGUCUUUUCUUACCAGAUUCCAGUUUGUAAUUUCAAGGGAAGGAGAGUUGAAAGAUGGCGGCCUGUUAACAAAAUCUGGCAGUCUCGCUCAGAGUAGGUUGUCUGUACACGUUCCAGUGUUUUGUAGAACACUCGUGCCUGUUUCAAUGUAUUGAUGUGGAUACUGGUAAACACCUUAAUUAUUUAAAUAAUUCAUUGUAUUGUUUCAGAGAUGUUGAGAAAUUACUGUAUACAUUUACAACCUAAUGACUUUUGUAUUUUAUUUUUCAAAAUAAAAGCUUAAAUGUGAA